AUAAAGGUCAGGUUCCGUAUCCGGAAGCAGUGCCUGUCUUUGUCAGAAUCAGAGUUUCGCCCUAUAAUUGCCGACAAUUACUAUGAAGCAAAUUUUUUUUGGUUUGAACUAGAUCGUAAUCAAACUGACAAGUUGAUCAGUUUGUUUUCAUCUUCACCAGUCGGAUCUGGUCCGUCCCUUUCAAACCAUGUGAAGUUUAGCUCUCUCUCGAAAGGUUUGUAUAUUUCUACUAAAAGGAAUGGAAAUUACAGCUCCGAGACAUCUAAUUUGGCAGUGGCUUGUGCAGAUCAAACCUAUUUGGGACGUGGCUCCUCUCAAAAUGAACUGGGUCUGGACAGAGAAAAGAAGAGAUUGGAGGUUAUUGUCAGCAACAACAAAGCCGGAAAUGAUGAGUAUGAGGCUGGUCAUACAAAUCAAAGUUAUGGGCAUUCAUACGCUUAUGUUGUGGAGUAUACGAGUACUAUUAACCCCAACACUGAUAAUUCUCAUACAGCAGCAGGUGACGUGAAUACUUCCCUUCCUCAGAGUCAGAAGUCUUGGAGUUCUUUAUUCAAAAGUAAAACAGACCCUGGUACAGCAAAGGAACCUGAAGAUUGUAAAUCCCUAGCUGGUGAAUUGUCUGUUUUAGAAUGGGAGUCAUCUUGUGUUGGCCCCUCUUGUAAAAGACAGUUAUUAGAACCUCCAACAGAUGAGGCGGUUGUAGGAAAGUAUGACAAUGGUGAAGGUUUGAUCUCCUCUGUCAUUGGAGAGGCUGAUUUUUCUGCUUGUCACAGUGAGUCAAAUGAAACCUUGCCUACUACAGAUACUACACAAGAAUGUGGAGAGCUUAAUACAGCAGCUUUGGACGGGGAUCUGCCUUUGAAUCUUGAAAGGAGCUUGCCAUGGGACUUGUCUUGUUUGGAUGGAGAAAGCCAGUUUUUGAAAGCUCCUAUUGAAAAUUUGGGAAAGGAUAAUCACGGGAAUCGGAUCCAAAUCAACGGAAACUACGUUGCAGAAACAGCAGUAAUAUCUGAAACGAACCUUUCUGAGCUUCAGCGACUAGUAUGCAAGUUGUUGCUAGAGGUGGAAGAUUUGAAGUCAUCUAAGUCUGUACAAGGUCAAAGAAUCAGUUUUUUGGAGCAUGAAUUGGUUGGGUCCAAAAUUGAAAUACUACAUCUGAGAAGAAGAUGCAAGGAAUUGGAAUUUGGAUCACUAGCAUCUUUUGGACUUGCUGAAGACUCUAACCCAAAGGAGCUGAAUUCAAUCAAUGAGGAACAACCAGACCUUGAAGAUGCAAUACUUGUAGCCGGAGGAUUUGAUGGUUCUUCAUGGCUAUCUUCUUUGGAUUGCUAUCAUCCUCACAGAGGUCUUCUGAGGUCGCUUAGUUCUAUGAGUUCUGUACGGUCCUAUGGUGCAGCAAAGUUAUAUGGUGAACUUUAUAUUCUCGGUGGUAUAGAUGGUAAUUCCUGGCAUAAUACAGUUGAUUCGUACAACCCAGUUUCCAAUCGCUGGGUUAGCCGUCCUCCAUUGAAUCGAAGUAAGGGAGGCUUAGCUGGGGUAUCAUUGCAGGAAAAGAUUUUUGCGAUUGGGGGUGGAAAUGGACUUGAUUACUUCGCAGAGGUGGAGAUGUUGGAUCUAAAUUUUGGAAGGUGGAUCCCUAUGCGUUCAAUUUUACAAAAGCGAUUUGCUGCCGCCGCUGCAGAAAUGAAUGGCACAAUUUAUGUUGUUGGGGGAUAUGAUGGAACAACUUACUUAAACUCACUUGAGAGGUUUGAUCCUCGAGAGCAUUAUAGUAAAAAUCUUGGGAGCAUGGCCACAAGGAGAGGAUGCCAUUCUUUGGUUGUUUUAAAUGAAAAAUUGUAUGCUAUUGGAGGCUAUGACGGAGCUAGAAUGGUCCCAACAGUUGAGAUUUUCGACCCUCGUAUUGGUUCAUGGAUGAUGGGGGAUUCCUUGAAUGACAUUAGGGGAUAUUUUGGAGCUGUUGUGAUUGGAGAUGGGAUUUAUGCCAUUGGGGGUAUGAAGAAAGAUGGUGAAGUUUUGGACACGGUGGAGUAUUACAAGGAGGGUCAUGGUUGGUGGGUAACCGACCGGAAAACACUUGGCAAACGGUGCCACUUCUCUUCCAUUGUUAUGUGAGUUUGAGGGCAUGAAAAAUCAGUCUGCCUUUAUUUGUAAAAAAGAAGAGCAAAAUUUUGUGGGUAAAUCAUAGCGAGUUGUAGAAGGUGAAACAACUAGAAUGUUAAAGACGUAAAUGGAACAUGAGUGGUGAUAUACUCGGGCAAUAGAACUGUUUGUGUUUGUUCUUGUUUU